AUGACAACAUCAUCAUUGAAACAACAACAACAUUCCAAAUCAUCGGAACAUUAUUCCCAACCACCACAACAAACACCAUUACUUUCCAUGACUAGUACUAGUCAUCAACAUGAUCCAUUGAGUCAUCCAACAACGACAAGUGACGACGAUACCAACAUGCAAAUUGUUGCACUCUCUAAAGAUAAAUAUGAAAAAUUAAUUAAAGAAUUUCAAAAAUAUAAACAAAAGUAUAACAAGUGGAAAAAGAUUGUCAAUCAGGAAGAAUCCAAAUGGAAACAAACUCAAAUCGAUUUAGAAAAGAAAGAAUCUGAACUUCGAAACAAAAUUGAAGAAAAUGAUAUUCUCACUUUCAAUAAUCAAAGAUUGGAAAAGAGAAUGGCUCAACUCAUGUUUGAUCUUGAAGAACAAGUGAAUAAGAAUCGAAAAAGUACUUCAUUCUUUUCAGGAUUAUUUGGAACAAGUAGUAGUAGUGCUGGUGGUGCUGGUUCUGGUGGUGGUGCUGGAAAUGAUCAACCUUCCAUCCAUGGUGGCAAUGCUUCCACUUUUUCCUUUUUUGGUACCUCUUCGAAUAAUUCAUCCAUGUACAAUGAAUUACAAGUUUUAAAAGAAGAAUUAGAGUCUAAAAUCAAAGAAAAUGAAGCCAUGAAAGACAAGAUGAGAAAUUUAAAACAAGAAAUUAGAAAUAGAAAAGAUUCAGAAAAUACGAUUCGUAAUUUUACAGUGAAACAACAUUCUAAAUUAAUUUAUUAUGAAAAUUAUAUUGAUCGAAAGAUAUUAUUCGAUGAUACUAAAAUAGAUUCUCUCAAUUUAUUGAAUAUUCCAAAUUGUAAAAGAAAUCCUCUAGAAAUUGAAUUAUUAGAUAAUUUAACAUCUAUUUUAAAUAAUCUAUCCAAGAAUAUUUCAAGUACUUAUUUAUACAUUCCACAAAAGAUUCAACAUUUGAACAAACUCACGACUAGUCAAUCCCCACUGUUGAGAUUUAUUAAUUCUAAAAUGAAUACUCAAAUCGACAUGUCCACAUUUCCUAAUUUAUUUUCUAAAAUUAUCAAACAAUGUGAAUGGUAUUCAAAAAGUAUCAAAGAUCAAGGUACUCAUGAGAGUAGUGGUACAAGUAAUAGUAGUAUGAAUAGUGGUAUUAGUACUAAUAGUGGUAUUAGUAAUAAUAGUUCUAGUAAUAGUAACAGUAAUAAUAAUAAUACUAGUAGUAGUAGUAAUAAUAAUAAUAUAAGUAAUCAUAAUAGUAGCAUCAGGAUGGAUGAGAGUAGUGGAAAUGUACAAAUUGAUUCCAAUACUAUCAUAACCACACACCACACUACCUCUCUGUUACAUACUCUCUUUUCUACUGUGAAAGAUUUAUUGAAAUAUAAUCGAAAAUGUUUAUUGUACUUGACAGUCACUUCACAAGAAGAGGAAUGUGAAUUGAGAGAAGUUUAUCAUUCGAGUAGUAGUACUACUAUGGAUUCUUCAUUGAACCAUACAUUCAAAGGUACUACUACUACCUCUCUAGACAUGACUGAUGGUAAUGACAAUGAUGAUGAUGAAUAUUCAGAAUUUGAAGAUGGUAUAUUUAUGAGAAAUACCAUGGCUACUCGUUCAUUGAAAUAUCUCUUAUACUUGUAUGACAAAUUUAUUCUAUUUAUUGAUACAUUCUAUGUGAGAGUUUUGGAAAUUGAAAAUUAUGUACCCAUACAGACGAGUUUGAGAAGAGAUGAGAAAAAGAUACGUCGUGUAUUUUUAAUGACGAGUCAUGAUGAGGAUCAUCAUUCUAGUAGUAGUAGUAAUAGUACUAGUGUUUCCAACAAUGAACAACACUUGUCUUCUCUCUCUGUCGAUCAUUAUUCUCAUGGUGAACAAUUUAUUCACAAGUUAUUGAAAUCAUCAUCGAAUCAUCAUGUCAAUAGUACUUGUUUCAAUAACUUUUCAAUUCGUGAAGAAUUCAAAUUACUUGUCAAACACAUUGGAGAUGCAUUGAAAGAUUACACUGAAAUUGUUUCUAAUUUAUUAUUGAAAGAAAAUAUUAAGAAUUUCAUUUCACCUUCCAUCAAAAAUAUUAAUGAGAAAUUAAUCAAAUCUUUGAAAUCCAUUGUAUUAUUAUAUGAGAGUAUGACUAUUAUUCAUCGAGGAUUAAUGGAUUGUGAAAGACAAUAUGAUCAAUUGUAUUCAAGAGGUGCAUUGGUCGAUUAUGAAAGUAUUUUAACCAAUAAGGUCACACAUGUGAGAAAUAUUGUGAAUUAUUCUGGUCAAAGUGGUCCGUAUCGUAUGAUUCAGAGUCAUGAUGGUCGUGAUGGUCGUGAUGGUCGUGAUGGUAGUGAUGGUCGUUAUAGUAUGAUUCAUCAUGACCAUCCAUUGCCAACCAUGGAUAAUGAUGCCUAUAAUAUCUUGGAUACUCCAUACUACUAUUCUUCUUGUUAUUACUAUACGAUGAAGAAAGUCAACAGUAUUUGA